CUUAUCUCUAGCUCCACAGUACCUCGUAUUCUCCAGGGCUCCAGACAGGGCGGCGCUCCCCUACCCCGACAGUAUGGAGAAGGGUCAGCAGUAUAGAAAUCAGUAUGGAUCCCCCCAGGACAUCCCAGCUCCCUCCUACCCCGGCCCCCCAGCAGCCUACGGCUUCCAGGGAGGGGACAGGGGUGCAGCCUACCCCGCUCAGCCUGGCUUCCAGGGAGGUGACAGGGGAGCAGCCUACCUCACUCAGCCUGGCUUCCAGGGAGGUGACAGGGGAGCAGCCUACCUCACUCAGCCUGGCUUCCAGGGAGGUGACAGGGGAGCAGCCUACCCCACUCAGCCUGGCUUCCAGGGAGGUCCCCAACCCAGCAUGUACCCACCACCUCCCCAGUACAGCAUGGGCAUGGCACAACCUACAAAUGCCCCCGGCGUAACCCAGAUGGUGGUGAUGCAGCAGCAGCUGCCUAGAGACGUGCCCAGCCAGAUGACGUAUCCCCAGUGUCAGGUCCAGGUUCUGACAGAGACCACAUACGACGUAGAACACCGCUGCCCCAACUGCAAGACAGUGAUCCACGUCUACAGACGCAUGUGA